CUUAUCUAUCUGCUAACAUAUUUCUAAAAUCAUAUAUUUGAAAAUACUGACGGGAAAUGACUAUAGAUAUAUCACAUAGAAUGCUAAUUAGGUACAUAUCACGAUGUUUAAUUAUUUGUAUUUCCAUCGGUCUAGAUUACACACAUCACGAUGACUAUAAAUUUGAAUGAAAAUAUAUAUAGUAUAAAAUAAUCUGACCUUGCUGCAGUUGAUUUAGGAAUUCCGUUUCGUGAGUUUGAUAAACAAUAUCUGGUCUGUUUGGAAUAUUAGAGUCCGUGUUUCAUUUUAAAAUUGUUGUUAUAGAAAUCAUUGCCAUGGUUCUUUCUUUAGAAAGAUUUCAAGGUAAAGUAGCUGUAGUUACUGGAGCAUCUGCAGGAAUAGGCAAGGCUAUAGUCGAAGAUUUGGUCAAGAAUGGAAUUGUUGUAGCUGGUUUGGAUAUCAGACCAGAGCGUUUGCCAGAAAUUGCUCAAGCACUGAGUAAGGAAAAAGGCCAAUUACACGGAUUCAAAUGCGAUAUGAGAAAAGAAGCUGAAAUCAAAUCAACAAUUCAAGAAGUCAUUAAGAAAUUGGGAAAUAUCCAUAUUCUUGUCAACAACGCUGGUGUGCUUCAGUCUACAGAUCUAAUUAAUGGAGAUACAGAAAAAUGGAAAAUUACCAUUG